UCACCGCACUGCUCAUCUGCUGCCCGUUUCCUGGGAGAAUCGUUAACAGAGGUUUGAGGCUGCUGCUAGCUGAAACAUAGCGACACACCAAAUAAGUCCUGAACUCUUAGCGGACUGCACUCAGAUUGUCCUGACGCCCGGUUCUUAAAUGAUUCGUUUACACCUGGAAGGAUUGAAGGUUAUAAGCAGUUGACGUUGCUUUUUUUGUGUGUGGCUGCAAUCCGCUGUAGCGCUUCGUGCUAGCAAGCUAAACGGACAGGUAAGUGGGGAGCUAACCUGCGGCUGAGCGCCGGUUCUCCGUUAAUCAACGGACCCCGAGCAGCACUUUGAGCUGGGCUAGAGACAGCCGCACUGUAGAAGAGGUAAAACUUCUCACGGCAUUCACUCACCGCUCAUUACCAAACCGAGCUGCUAUAAAUACACGGCUUUGUUUUCCUGCCACCCAAAAGUGGCUCCGCUUCCUCCUCCUCCUCCUCCUCCUCCUCCUGCUGCUCUCCUCUCGGCUGUUGGAGCUCGGGCGGUUCUCCUGCUCGGGAUUUACUGACGGCACGCUGUCAACUUCGAGACGAGCUGCAGGGCUAAAAUAGCGUCGAGCAGCACGUUGUCCCAGUUAAGCCUGUAGGUUAGAGCUCGACAAGCCCAAAUUUAAUGGAAAGUCACCGUUGCAUUUCGGGAAAAAGGUACAGAGUCGAUCAUCCGAGGCCGGACACACAGACUCCCUAAUCAGCCUACACCGAGUGUGGAGACGCAGCGGGACAUGAACACCAUGUCUGAAGACAACAAUGCAGACAAGUUUAUUAAGGAGAGCUCCAUCUUGGAAGAGUACAGUAUAAACUGGACCCAGAAGCUCGGUGCUGGAAUCAGUGGACCUGUAAGGGUGUGUGUGAAGAAGUCAACACAAGAACGGUUAGCCCUGAAGAUCCUGAUUGACAGACCUAAAGCACGCAAUGAGGUAAGACUUCAUAUGAUGUGCGCCGCACACCCCAACAUUGUACGCAUCUUGGAGGUUUAUGCCAACAGUGUUCAGUUUCCCCACGAGUCCAGUCCACGAGCAAGAUUAUUAAUUGUCAUGGAGAUGAUGGAGGGAGGAGAGCUGUUCCACAGGAUCAGCCAGCACAGGCACUUUACAGAGAAGAUGGCCAGCCAAGUCACUAAACAGAUCGCCCAGGCUUUGGAACAUUGUCACUCACUUAACAUUGCACAUCGAGACCUAAAGCCAGAGAACCUGCUGUUCAAGGAUAAUUCACUGGAUGCUCCUGUAAAGUUGUGCGAUUUUGGUUUUGCGAAAAUCGAUCAAGGUGAUUUGAUGACCCCACAAUUCACUCCUUACUAUGUAGCACCUCAGGUAUUGGAGGCACAAAGACGCCACCAGAAAGAGAAGUCUGGAAUAAUACCUACCUCACCCACCCCAUACACGUAUAACAAGAGCUGUGACUUGUGGUCCUUGGGCGUUAUUAUCUAUGUGAUGCUGUGCGGUUAUCCUCCGUUUUAUUCCAAGCACCACAGCCGCACCAUCCCUAAAGACAUGCGCAAGAAGAUCAUGACCGGCAGCUUUGACUUUCCUGAAGAUGAGUGGAGCCAGAUAUCCGAAAUGGCAAAGGACAUUGUCCGCAAGCUGCUGAAGGUAAAGCCUGAAGAAAGGCUAACCAUCGAGGGGGUCUUGGCACACCCCUGGCUUAAUUGCACUGAGGCCUUGGACAAUGUGCUUCCUUCUGCUCAGAUGAUGAUGGACAAGGCGGUGGUUGCUGGGAUCCAGCAAGCCCAUGCAGAACAACUGGCCAACAUGAGAAUACAGGACCUUAACGUCAGCCUCAAGCCUCUCAGCUCUGUGAACAACCCCAUUCUGAGGAAGAGAAAGCUGCUAGGUACAAAGCCUAAUGAUGGCUUCUUCAUUAAUGACCCUGAAAAUGGAGCAGAAGACUCCAAUGUGGCUCUGGAAAAACUGCGGGAUGUCAUUGCACAGUGCAUCCUGCCACAGGCUGGAGAAAACGAGGACGAGAAGUUGAAUGAGGUGAUGUAUGAAGCCUGGCGUUUCAACAGAGACUGCAAGCUGCUCCGUGAUGGCCUGCAAGGACUGAGCUGGGAUGGUAGGGCUUUCUCUGAUAAAGUGGAUCGCUUGAAAUUGGCAGAGAUUGUGAAACAGGCUAUUGAAGAAAAAACUAACUUGGAAGACUCCCAAUAGAAAGUGCUGCAUUUCUAUUUCCUUUUGUACUGUUUAUUAUAAUUGUUCUUAAGCAAAUAACUGUAAAGUGUAAUUUUAUGUAAAUUGAAGCGCAUAUUUUUCCCCUUCCAUGGACACAUUCGCAAGCCUGUUGUACAGCUGUAGAUAACGCCAAGUUGUUGGUAUGAUUACUUUUUUCUACAGACGACAGUGACAAAACAUUUCAAAAAGAUUAUUUUUGUUUUUGCAAAAAAAAAAGCACCAACUGAGGCAGUAGUCCUUUUGUAAUUCAUUUAAGAGAUUUCUUUUUAUUUUUGUUUUAAUGAUGCUUGCAAAUCUAUUUAUACGAAAAAGAAAGCUGUUUUAUCACAAAGCUUACAAAGGAAAAAUUACUGUAACAUAUGGAGGCUUCUUUAAAAAAAAAAAAUAAAUAAAUAAAAAAAAAAGGGUGGUCCAGGUGGGGGUCUGGACAGAAGUUGAAGAUGAAAUUGUAAGUAAAUAUAAUUUCAUAUCACAAAACUCAACAACUGUGACGUAUCAAAUAUUAAUUCAUCAUAUUCUGCUCCCUGAAAAUGUAUAGAAGUUAUUUAAAUUAGGAUGCUAAAUAAUUUGUCUCCUGUAUAUCCCACAAUAUGUUAUCAAGUUAAGCCAUGCUGGCAUAAUUUCUUUCAAAUUGACUUAAUUUUUCACUUAACUCCAGUAGUUACUCCCUUUAGUUCAGCUCACACAAGGCUGUUGGGUGAAUUAUGACUUAACGUCGCAGCCUUCCUCGGCUCUAUCUGUGAAAAGAUAAAUAAAUCCUGUAUCGAUUUUGA